CGCGAGUCGCGACCAAUAUCUAUGCAGCGCACCCCGGGUAUUGUACUCGAAUUCGGGGCUCACGGUGUACUAGGAAAGGUCACAUUCGUGGACGCGGGGGUGUCCAUGCCCAUGGGCCAGUAUCUGAAGAAAACAUCCAUGUUCGGGGGAUCGCUAUCGCGGAAGUUCCGGGUGUCCGAUGGACAAGAAUACAGGUGGAUGUACAGAAGCAGCAGCGAACACGAGUGGUGUGUGCUGGACUGCAAUGAGCGCAUCGUCGCGCAUUACGAUCUGAGGCCGCCAGACAAGCCCGUUUUUAGCAUGUCCGGGAACAUCCUCACGAUAUAUGAAGCAUACGUUGGCCUCGCUGUCG